GGCUCUGCUGCUGCGAAAGAGCGCAUCCCUUAUCUUGGAGAGGAGAUGCUUGGAACAAUUCACAGCCGCGCAAUGUCUUGACGUCAGUUUUUUUAAUUUUCAUUGUUAGUUCACUGCAAAUAAGGGAAUGGGCUUUUUUUUAGCUUCAAAUUCGACAUUUUAAAGCCACUUUAUUUGAAAACUCAUCAAGUAUCAUCAUCAUCAACCACUGAUAUUUUAUAGUGUGAUUGGACUGCAAUUCAAUCUGUCAUACAACUUCUCCUCUCUUUGCGGUGUGUCUGGCACGUGCAUUCCGUUCUUUCGCCUUCCUCAGCUUGCCAUGGAUGGGCGCCUGAACGCGACGCUGUUUCGCGGCCGGGGGGUGACGCGCAAGGUGAGGUGAGAACAAAUCAAGGUGAGGCCCUGCCCGUUUGUUGCCUCGCUUCGUUUGCCAAGGCAACCUGGAAUAAAUGUGGCUCGUGCGUCAUUCAUGACGACCGUGUGUGGCGGCAGCUUGUGGCUUGAGAUUACCCCACUCCCCGUCAGACCCUGGGUUGGGGGGCCUGAUUUGGAACCUCUUGUCUUGUGCCGCACCCCGCUUUUCGUAAGUCGCCGCCGCCAGUUGGGUUUGGGAGAGAGUCCAGAAGCGGUGUGUUGUUGAUCGCAAAACAAACCCUCAUCGAAAAUAGGAGUUGGGGAAAAGCUCCUGAACUAGACGAACCUCAGCCUCACCUGACGGACGGAUCAAUCUGUUCAGCUGCAAUAUCACGAACGACGAACCUGGAACUUGGGUACCGAAUUACACUACUUGCUCCUGCAGCCUCGACCGCCGACCGCCUGCGCCGAUAUCGAUAUCUCACGAUUAGAGAGUAGCGGGCAGCUUUAUUCAGCAACCUUCUUUGAUAUCUAGUCCUGUUUGGUUUUGAUUUCUUGCGCAAACUUGACCCUUUCAACACUCAGCAUUCUUUCAUCAACCUGAUCGACACCCUCCGCCGCACCUUUACCGCCACUGACGACUCGCGACAGCACCAAACCGCUCCAACCGACUUUUUUCCCUUCUUCUUCAAGACAUUCUCUAGACGAGAGCAUACAGGCAGAAAUAUAAUACUCGGCGGAAGAUAAUUAUCAGUCAAAAUGGGCAACCAGACCAGCAGCGUGCUGGACAACAUUGUUCAGGGGUCCAACUUCGACAGGGAUGAAGUUGACCGGCUGCGGAAGAGGUUUAUGAAGUUGGAUAAGGAUAACUCCGGCACUAUCGAGCGCGAGGAGUUCCUUUCACUCCCUCAAAUAUCCUCCAACCCACUCGCCACCAGAAUGAUUGCCAUCUUCGACGAAGACGGUGGCGGCGACGUCGACUUCCAAGAGUUCGUCUCUGGCCUUUCCGCCUUCUCCUCCAAGGGCAACAAGGAGCAGAAGCUCCGGUUCGCCUUCAAGGUCUACGACAUUGACCGUGACGGCUACAUCUCCAACGGCGAGCUGUUCAUCGUCCUGAAGAUGAUGGUGGGCAACAACCUCAAGGACCAGCAGCUACAGCAGAUUGUGGACAAGACCAUCAUGGAGGCCGACCUGGACAAGGACGGGAAGAUCAGUUUUGAGGAGUUUACCAAGAUGGUGGAGAAUACGGAUGUCAGCAUGAGUAUGACGCUAGGUAUGUUCUCCCUCGAUUUCGAAGUGACGAAGGGAUUGUGUUUGCUAAAACAAGAUGAACAGAUCAAUUCUAGACCUGGGGAGAGGAAUGAUGGGCAGGCAUGCUUUGCGAACAUUAGACAACCAAACAAGAGAGUUUUCUAG